CAUGUUAGUAACAUUUUCAACACGACUGUGGAUUAACCUACCAAAUUGAAAGAAAACAUGAAAUUCUUCAGUCUAUUGCUGGCCUUGUGCCUGCUGCUGGGCCUGAGCCUGGCGCAGGAGCAAGCGGAGGAGAAAGUGGCAGUGCACGAUGCAAAGCUCUGCGCUUGUCCACGCAACUACGAUCCAGUGUGUGGCACCGAUUUGCACAGCUAUCCCAAUCUAUGCACCUUCAAUUGCAAUCAACGUAACAUGGAGCGCAAGGGACGCACCUUGGAGUUGCUCAGAUCCGGCAAUUGCGACUAACUGCAGCAGCUACAAAAGUUAUAAGUUAAAAUAUAUAAAAUAAAACUUAUGACUCAACGCUUUCAUUAAUAAAAUGUUUCGUUUAUAUUCAAUAUGUGGUGUGUUUAUCAGCCAAAGCAACGCAGUUGAUAACGCGCCUACUCUAACUGGCUUUAUCUACUGCUAUAAAUCAGAUGGGCAAAGCACUCCAAGCAGCAAAAGCGAAGAGCUGAUGAGCAAAUUUAUUAUAAACAAAAAGAAUU